AUGAUCUAUGAAGAUCAGGUCUACGAUGUCACCCGCUUUGUCGAAGAACACCCAGGAGAGGAGGAAGUGAUUUUGAACCGUGCAGGGAAGGAUGGCACUGGCGCGUUCGACGAAGUUGGCCAUUCAAAAGAGGCCCAUAAGCAAAUCAGAGAAUUGUUGAUAGACUCAUUAGAUGAAGCGUCCGCCGAUACCAUUACGAAGGCUCGACUUGCAACCAGGAAGGUGAAGAAAACCCCCUCAAGCGUAGUCAUGCUCUAA